AUGGGGAUUCCUCAUUAUGACGGCGAAAUUGACCGCGCUCGAGGCCUAAUGUUGUCGCUAUUCGUCGCGGGUACCGGCUCGACGCCUGGUGCAUUCCUCGAAGAUGAUGCGCAAGGACAGUCUUUCACAUCAUCAGCAUCGCCUAGCUCAGAGACCUCAGAAACUCACAGAAAUGCCAUGGACUUGCCUCUUGAUCAACCUUCGUGGACAUUCAACCUUCUGGGCGAAAGCGGCGAGAGUGAUCCUCAUUUGCUCAAACAUUCUACACUCGCCAUCCACGCGGAAAACAUGCACUUUCGUCGUUUUCAAAGAGGUCCCACACAAAUAGGCGAGCUUGAUUGCCACCGACCUAUUGUGUUCUCACUUGAUCGUGAUAACCUGUACAACAACUACGAGCCCCGGGUCAAGGACUCUGAGCUUUCCGCAAUUCGAAACGAGCUGGCACGAAUAAGUAGCGACGUUGGAAUUCGUCUGGUCAAACUCUACUUCAAAUACAUCCACCCAUAUUUUUCAGUUUUGUCACGCUCUCAAAUGCUCGAGGAAGGGCUCAUCGGGGAACGAACGCUCUCACUACUACCUCUAUCGCUCAAAGCAGCAUUAUAUGCCUCUGCUUUGCCGUACAUGGUCUACGAUGACGUCUUAUCAACUAUGGCGGACGUCGAUUUACCAACUUCUAAGGAGCUUUACCGGAUGUGCUGGAGUGCCAUCACACAAGAGAUCCAUACACCUCGCUUGUCGACCCUUCAGUCAUGCUUGCUACUGCUCCAAUGCGACAAUAUCGACAGGCUUGUUCAAGGGUCUCCCUUUCAAUGGAGCCUUUUAGCAUGGACUGGCUGGCUACUGACUGCUCAACUGCCUGGGGUAUGCCAGACUGGGAGAAGAGGUUUCGAAAAUGGCUUUGGUGGGCAAUAUGUUCUCGACAAAUGGAACUUUGCUUGCUUCAGACUUACCAGUCAUAUUCACGAAGAUGACUACGAUGUAUCACCAUUGACGGAUGACGACAACGUUUCUUCGCAACUUGGACCGGAAGACGGCCACAACGUACAGAGCUAUUUUCGUUAUUUGGUAGAGCUAACUACUCUUUUAUCUGAGACUAUCGAUUCAUUUAUCACCAUUAAGGCCUCAAAAAGAACAUCCACAAAUUUCAACACUACAUGUACACCGGCAAAUGAUUUAAUAACGCGAUUGAAUGAAUGGAAAACAAAUUUUGAUGUAUUUACAUCAUACCAGCUAACAAACCCGUCUUCUAGGACCCGAUUGGACGGAAAUGCAUCUCUUGGUCUCGCAUACUGGGCUGUCCAUCUGUUGAUAUCCCGUGCAAUUUUGAGGUCUCUCGAAGCCAAGGUCGGAAACACCGAAGGUAAGCAACUUCGAGAGGAGUGCUCUGUGUCUGUUCGAUUAAAUGCAGAGUCCUGCUGUGUUGAAUUUAAGAAAUUCACCGAUAAACUACAAGCUGGCGCAUGUAACGCCUUCUGGCACAAGUUUUCACCUUCUAACUUUGCCAUCGCGUCAUCGGUUAUGAUGAGACUUCUCAUGACUUCCGUAUCAUCGGCUGAAAAGGAAAUUCUCAACAAUCUAAUAGACCGAUGGCGAUGGGUGUUAAGAAGUGGUGGAGGAAACGCAGGGAGUGCCAUCAUGAGCCUGGGGCUUUGGCGGCUAGAUCGAACGCUGCUCACAAGCCAUCCUCGAGAUGAAAGCUUGUCCUAA